AAUAUAGAAAAGCUAGUUGGGGCAUCGUGAUCACUUCAUUGGAAGCAAGCAACGGCAUCCAUCAUGAAGUUAAUCGGAAUAACAAUAUUUGUAUUUUUAAAAUUUCUGUGCAUUGAAAAUAGAAUGCUGCCUAUAAACGAUGUGACUAUCGAUCCGAGUCUUAAAGAACCCUCAUCCGUUCGCAUCAGUACUCAAUCUGUGGAGAGCAUCGAAAACCCACACGAAAAAGUGAUUGGACUCCGAACAUCAUACGAUGAAAGAGAUACGGAUGAAUAUUUUGACUACGACAGAAAAUUCGGCAAUGACAGGGGUGCCAAAAAGCCUUGUGCCAUCGUAGUAUUGUCCAACAUGCAGAAUCCGAACAUGCAGUCACUGCUACGCAAAUACAGAUAUGAUGCAAACGGCGUUUUGAUUCCGAGCAGUGUGAAAUACUUUAUCAAGCUGCCACAAGGAGUACGGGCUUCUCCUAUAUUGGUCCCGUUGAACGACAAAGCAUUUUCUCCCUUGGGUGGAUUUGUAAGGUACUACAAGGAAGUUCCACCAAUUCCUCAUUCAUGGUAAAGCAUUUAAAAUUCCAAAUAAAGCAUUUUAAUUGAUCGUAUAUUCAACUAAUUACAGUGCUAUAAUAUUUUUUUAUAUUAAUACUUAAUGCAACAUUUAUGAAAAGUAUACAAAUGCAUGGAUUUUUUUAUAUAUGUGUGGCUUGAUUUAUUAGACGAAUACCAUCUGCAAUGUUUCUUAUGACAACGUCGACUUAGCAAAUGCAAACAGACAGCGUGGGAACCGGACCUGCGUAGAAGUUUUGUUCACCAAAACGUCAUAACAACGCAAAUCUACUAAGCAUAUGUAUUGAUGUUUACAAUUUUGAAAUGUAGAAACUGUU